AUUUAUUUUAACUACAGGUAAAAAUAAAAGAGCUAACCAGUGAUGGAGGAGUCCAGCUCCCAUAAAGUGGUGUGGGACAGCGAUGCCAAAGCGGUGCAGCAGUGCCUGACGGAUAUUUUCACAAGUGUCUACACGACGUGUGACAUUCCAGAAAAUGCCAUAUUCGGGCCGUGUGUCCUGAGCCACACCUCUUUGUACGACAGUAUCGCCUUCAUUGCCCUCAAGUCCACCGACAAACGAACUGCACCUUACAUCUUUCGGGUGGACACUUCAGCGGCCAACAGCUCCUCUGAGGGAUUGAUGUGGCUUAGAUUAGUGCAAUCUGCAAGGGAUAAAGAAGAACAAAAUCUGGAAGCCUAUGUAAAAAAUGGACAGUUGUUUUAUAGAUCUCUCAGAAGGAUCGAGAAGGAUGAAGAGCUAUUGGUUUGGUAUGGAAAAGACUUGAUUGAGUUACUCCUGCUCAGUACCAGCAGAGCACAAGGCAAACUAAAAGGGUCUUCACCUUAUUUGUGUCCAGACUGUAAUCUGCGCUUCCAGUUUGAGUUUCCUUUUCUGGCUCACAUGAGGUUUCGGUGUGCCAAAAGAAUACAGACCAGUAACAUCCCAGAUGAGAAUUCUUUAGACAACAGAGAGAAUGGCCUUCAAAAUACAGUGAACUCUAGCCUGAAGUUGUCAGGGUACACAAACUCACACGAAGGGAAGCCAUCUACAGAUUUUCAUAACCUUGCCAGGGAUCUAGAAAACCAUCGAUCAUCUCCAAAUAUUGAUCAGAACUCUGAGAUCAAAAGUUUGAAUGGGCAUAAAAGAAAAUUGUCAGAAUUAGAGGAUGGUCGAAAUGGCACAAUACAACGAUCUCUUACUUCAAAAGACGACUUGCUGUGCUCACCGCAUCAGUACAGAGGCAACUAUGUGGGUUUAGAAGAAAACAGAAGGGCAUUUCCUCCGUCAAGUCCAGAACCUACAGAAGGCAAAAGAAGUGCAUUUACAGAAGUCAAGAAAAGCUUACAAGGUCUUAAACAAGGUACCAAAGGCCUUGGACCAAAUAUAGAGAAUAAGGACAAUGGUCGGAACAGUGGCAGUCCAACAAACAAGCUUAUCAGACAAGUGCUGACCGAGACGCAAGUCCAGUCUCGCAUAGAUGGCUCUUCAAUAGGAAGUGCUUUUUCAUCAGUUCCACAGCAGCUCUGUGAGUCCUCUGAGAGGAAAAGUGCUUUCAGUCAACCCGUGCGAUCUUUUUCUCAGCUGUCACCGCUUGUCAUGACUCCCAAGCUUCUUCCAUCAGUGGAGUGCCAUCCGUCUGUUGGUGAUACCAUGCCAUCGAGCAGAUUGUACCAAGCAGAUCAUUUAGCUGCCAAGCUCCAAAGUUCAGAUCUAGGCAGCAAUUGCACAGUCCAAGGUAGCCUUCCAAAGCAGAGCCCUUUCCUUUACGCCACAGCAUUUUGGCCAAAGACCUCGGGACCUAUUCAGCUUCAAAUGCCAUCGGCUCUUACCCUUUUGCCUCCUUCAUUCACCUCCCUUUGCCUUCCAGCACAAAACUGGUGUGCUAAAUGCAAUGCCUCUUUUCGAAUGACUUCAGACCUCGUCUACCACAUGAGGUCUCACCACAAAAAGGAAUACUCAAUGGAACCGUUAGUAAAGCGACGAAGGGAGGAAAAACUCAAGUGCCCGAUCUGCAAUGAAUCCUUUAGAGAACGCCAUCACCUAUCCAGGCACAUGACUUCUCAUAAUUAGACGAAUGCCUAAAAACAAACUGAGACUUAUUUUGAAAAGAACUUAUUACUAAAGGAAAAAAAGAAA